AAUACUCAAAUGGCAUGCACAACCGGACAUGGAGUCCGUUCGCCAUGAUUUUGCCACCAAUGGCAUAGAUAUGGGCUGCUACGAUCCGGAUCAGGACUCUCGCGCAAACUCCGAGCCCGGGCUUGUCCGCAGCGUGCUACUCGAUAUUAGCAACAAAGUGCCACCGCUGCAAAAUUUGACCAACCGCCAGCGAAAGAUAAAGUGGAUGAAAUUAGUGGAGCACUGUGUGUUCUGCUACAACAAUGGCGAAUCGGAGGCAACUUAUAGAAGCCAUCUGUGUCGGGAUGGACGGGGUGUCGUAAGCUGCCCGAUGUUGAGAAAGUUUUCCUGCCAGAUUUGUGGAGCCAGCGGCGAUGCAGCGCACACGAAGAAAUACUGUCCCAAAAAGCCCAUCAUUACCCCCGAAGACCUGAAAAAAAUGGAGCUGAUCCAGAAGAAACAGACCCUGUCGUCGAACAACAUCCGAAAUGCACGGUCCGAUGAAAGUAGCCGGAAGAUUUCGUGUACAAGAUUGCGCUGAGUGAGCAUACGAAGAAGUGGGAUGAUUGACGACUGGUCCCGAGUGAUGUGAUUUUCGUAUUGAGUAUACGGCGAGUGAAGCAACUGGGUUUGCGAACAAACUUUUAGCCUAAGGAAGGGUUAAGCGGGGCAUUCCUUAAAGGAAAUGCUCGGGCAAAUCGAAACGGCAGGCGUUGCCGGAAAAAUCGGGAGCAGUUCGGAAAAACCAUUUCGAAAGGGCAAUGCAAACUAUAGAAGUAUAGACUUGUCUGUUGCACCGGAAGAUCCUUUUACGGAGAUGUAUGCCAGUUUUUCAUAAGAUGAUCCUUACGCAGAUGUGCGCCAGUUUCUCUGAAACAAGUCGAAACGUCUGGUAAGGCAGCGCAGUAUACGAUUAAGUUUGAUUAGUCCCUUCUUUUUUAGUAAUAACCCUUUUUACUACUCGAACUCUAACAUAUUUAUCACUCAUAAGGAGUAAGGACAUAUUUUUACGUGAAUUUGCAUGUGUCAGUCGUUGAGGCUAUCUUUGUUUGAUGAUAUGCUAACUUUAUUUAAAAAAUAACGAAGAAAGGAACACAAUCAAGAGACGUUAUCACGCACAGGACCGAAAAUUUUCGUUUUU